AUGUGGAAAGAGCUUCAGUCGGAGAGACUCUCUCUUUUCCCAUCAAAAGAACUCAUACAGGGAGAAACCCUAUCAGUGUGUGGAAUGUGGAAAGAGCUUCAGUCGGAGAGACUCUCUCUUUCCCAUCAAAGAACUCAUACAGGGGAGAAACCCUAUCAGUGUGUGGAAUGUGGAAAGAGCUUCAGUCAGAGCUCCCAGCUCACUAAACACCAGAGAAUUCAUACAGGCGAGAAACCCUAUGAGUGCAUGGAAUGUGGAAAGAGCUUCAGUCAUAGUGGAUCUCUCAACUCCCACCAAAGAAUUCAUACAGGGGAGAAACCCUAUCAGUGUGUGGAAUGUGGAAAGAGCUUCAGUCAUAGUGCAUCUCUCACUUCCCAUCACAGAAUUCAUACAGGGGAGAAACCAUAUCAAUGUGUGGAAUGUGGGAAGAACUUCACUGAUAGGUCCCAUCUCACUUCCCAUCAAAAAAUUCAUACAGGGGAGAAACCCUAUCAGUGUGUGGAAUGUGGAAAGAGCUUCAUUCACAGCCACAAUCUCACUUCCCAUCAGAAGAUUCAUACAGUAGAGAAACCCUAUCAGUGUGUGGAAUGUGGAAAGAGCUUCAGUAGGAGUUCCUCUCUCAAUUCCCAUCAAAGAAUUCAUACAGGGUACAAACCCUUUCAGUGCAUAGAAUGUGGAAAGACCUUCAGUCGGAACGACUAUCUCACUUCCCAUCAAAGAAUUCAUACAGGGGAGAAACCUUAUCAGUGUGUGGAAUGUGGAAAGAGCUUCCGUCAGAGCUCCGAUCUCACUUCCCAUCAAAAAAUUCAUACAGGGGAGAAACCCUAUCAGUGUGUGGAAUGUGGAAAGAGCUUCAGGAAGAGCUCAUCUCUCACUUCCCAUCACAAAAUUCAUACAGGGGAGAAACCCUAUCAGUGUGUGGAAUGUGGAAAGAGCUUCAGUCAUAAGAGUGAUCUCACUUCCCAUCACAGAAUUCAUACAGGAGAGAAACCCUAUCAGUGUGUGGAAUGUGGAAAGAGCUUCAGUCAGAGCUGUGAUCUCACUAAGCACCACAGAAUUCAUACAGGGGAGAAGCCAUAUCAAUGUGUGGAAUGUGGGAAGAACUUCACUGAUAGCUCCUCUCUCACUUCCCAUCAAAAAAUUCAUACAGGGGAGAAACCCUAUCAGUGUGUGGAAUGCGGAAAGAGCUUUAGUCGGAGCUACUCUCUCACUUCCCAUCAAAGAAUCCAUACAAAGGUUGGAAAAACCGGAGGUGGACUUCCGGAGGUGGCGCCAACGGUAAUGGCGGAUUCCCUCUGA